AUCCAAACAAAAGGUAUCCAAAUUUUUUUUUCCAAUUCCUUCCAUUUUGCUCCCCUUCUUCUCUCGAACGUCAAGAAACAUAAAGUUAAAACACCAUCAUCGAGACCUCUGCGCAAAGAUCGAAGAAUCAUCUCAAUCGAAUUCUCCGAUAAUUCUUUGGACGCAUGAACUAAGGGAAAAUCUGAGUAAAACUUACAGCAGUUGAGUCGAAGAAAAACAAAAAAUGGCUUGUAGAGGUUGUUUGGAGUGUUUGCUCAAGUUACUCAAUUUUCUGCUGGCUGUUGCUGGCCUUGGCAUGAUUGGUUAUGGUAUCUACUUAUUCGUGGAGUACAAGAGAGCAACCGAUAACUCUGUUACAUUCAAUCCUGUAAAUGGCGACCAAAGUUACGUCUCGCUGGGGAGGCCCAUGCUUAUGGCUGUGGCACUGUCUUCGAAUGUGUUUGACAAUCUUCCAAAAGCUUGGUUCAUAUACUUGUUCAUUGGUAUCGGCGUGGCUCUGUUUGUUAUCUCGUGCUGUGGCUGUGUUGGUACUUGCUCAAGGAGCGUCUGCUGCUUAUCUUGUUACUCUUUGCUUCUGAUCUUGUUGAUCUUGGCGGAGCUUGGAGCUGCAGCUUUUAUAUUCUUCGACCACAGCUGGAGAGAUGAAAUUCCUUCUGACAGGACUGGAAACUUCGAUACGAUAUAUAAUUUCCUGAGAGAGAACUGGAAAAUUGUAAGAUGGGUUGCUCUAGGAGCAGUUGUUUUUGAGGCUUUGCUUUUCUUGCUUGCCCUUAUGGUUAGGGCAGCUAAUUCACCAGCAGAGUAUGACAGUGAUGAUGAGAUUAUUGCUCCAAGGCAACAAAUCAGGCAGCCGUUCAUCAACCGCCAAGCCGCCCCUGUCACCGGUGUCCCAGUUGCUCCUACUUUGGACCAACGCCCGAGCCGUAGUGACCCUUGGAGUGCACGCAUGAGGGAAAAGUAUGGGCUUGACACAUCUGAGUUCACUUACAAUCCUUCAGAAUCGCACCGGUUCCAGCAAAUGCCGACGCAACAAAAUGAAGAAAAGGGCCGAUGCACCAUCAUGUGAGUCCGUGUUGUUAAAAGUCUUGAAAACUUGAGUCAAUUCUCUUAUCCUAUUUCUUUGUUCUGUGUGUUUACAAUCAUGAGUGUCAGUGAAAUUAGAAGUUUGUUUCUGGGUUGAUGAUGACUCUAGCUAGUAGCAUUGGUGAUCCCUUAUCAACCUAGUCACGUUCUCUAAAACUCUUUUUUGUUGUGUCUGUGUAGUCUUUUGUAAGGAUUUACAAUCAUGAAUAUUCAUCUUGGUUGUCUGAUUUCAUAUGAUUCUUAUUCUAUAUAAAAUUCAUCUGCCUCA